UGACUGAAGCUCAUCUGCUGCAGUGGUCCGGCUCGGGCCCGGUGUAGUGAGGGGGGCUUCUCAGACCGAGGAGGAGGGGUGUCCGGGUAAGUCCGGGGCUGGAGGCCGGCCGCUCGCUCUGCUGCCCGAGCUCCGGUGCCCCGCGGCCCCGGCCCGCUCUCGGUCUCUGCUUCCCUGCGUCGCCCAGAAGUGUGAGCCCCGACGCCCUCACCGCCUUUCUCAGCCUUGUGUUGACCGGGUCGUGCUGUCCACGCACCGGUCUUCCCUCGGGCAAGGGCUGGUGUUCACUGACCUUCAUCCCAAAGGGAAGUCCAGCCGCCAGUAGUGCAGUUUCUUUCUUCAAAGUCAACUUUUACUUCGAAGCGCAGUCAAAACUGUAUACUGUGGCCUUUGCCGUGGAUUAACGAGCCGGGACCGAAAGAUCCUUGUUGCAGAUAAUCACCGGAAUGGGAGUAAAUGACUUGUGGCAAAUUUUGGAGCCAGUUAAGCAACACGUCCACUUACGGAAUCUUUGUGGGAAAACCAUUGCAGUUGAUCUGAGUCUCUGGGUGUGUGAGGCACAGUCUGUUAAAAAAAUGAUGGGAACUGUUGUGAAGCCCCACCUCAGGAACUUAUUUUUUCGUGUCUCAUAUUUAAUGCAAAUGGAUAUAAAACUGGUGUUUGUUAUGGAAGGAGAACCACCAAAUCUAAAAGCUGAUGUCAUGAACAAGAGGAAUCAUAUGCGAUAUGGGGCUUCUGGAAAAACAUGGUCUCAGAAAACAGGAAGAUCACAUUUUAAAUCGGUCUUAAGAGAGUGCCUUGAAAUGCUGGAGUGCUUAGGAAUACCCUGGGUGCAGGCGGCGGGGGAAGCUGAGGCCAUGUGUGCUUACCUCAAUAUUGGUGGUCAUGUUGAUGGCUGCCUCACUAAUGAUGGAGAUGCGUUUCUCUACGGGGCCCAGACUGUCUAUAGGAAUUUCACCAUGAAUGCAAAGGACCCACAUGUUGACUGUUAUACAAUGUCAUCUAUCAAGAAUAAACUAGGCUUGGACAGAGAUGCUCUGGUUGGAUUAGCCAUACUUCUUGGAUGUGAUUACCUUCCAAAGGGAGUUCCUGGAGUUGGAAAAGAGCAAGCACUAAAACUUAUACAGAUUUUGAAAGGGAAAAGUUUGCUUCAGAGGUUUAAUCAGUGGAAUGAAAAAUCUUGUCAUUCUAUUCCACAGCCACAAGUAGCCAAACUGGCCCAUUGCUCUGUGUGUUCCCAUCCAGGUUCACUGAAGGAUCAUGAACAUAAUGGAUGCCAGUUAUGUAAAAGUAACAGAUACUGUGAACCACAUGAUUAUGAAUAUUGCUGUCCUUGCGAAUGGCAUCAAACAGAACAUGAUAGGCAACUAAAUGGAGUAGAGAACAAUAUUAAGAAAAAGGCUUGCAGUUGUGAGGGAUUCCCAUUCCAUGAGGUUAUUGAAGAAUUCCUUUUGAACAAGGAUAAAUUGGUGGGGGUAAUCAGAUACCAAAGACCUGAUUUGUUAUUGUUUCAGAGAUUUACUCUUGAAAAAAUGGAGUGGCCCAAUCACUAUGCAUGUGAAAAAUUGUUGGUGCUUUUGACUCACUAUGAUAUGAUAGAAAGAAAACUUGGUAGAAGGAACUCCAACCAACUACAACCAAUUCGAAUUGUUAAGCCCCGAAUCAGAAAUGGAGUUCAUUGCUUUGAAGUAGAAUGGGAAAUGCCUGAACAUUUUGCUAUAGAAGAUGAAGAAUUGAUUCUAACAGUUGAAGAAGAAUCAUUGUUUGAAGCAGCUUAUCCUAAGAUUGUUGCUAUUUACAAAAAACAAAAUUUAGAAACUAAAGGGAAGAAGCAAAAACAUAUGAAAAUUAAGCCUAAAGAAGACAGUUUCCCAAAAUCAGAUGACGCUGCAGUGGAUCUUCAGUCUCUUGUGACUUUAAAACCCACACCUGAAAACUUUCCUAAGCAGGAUUCCAAGUUAAACUUGGAAAUUUCUUCUGAUCCUGUAUUACCACAGAAAACCAUUUCUGGCUCAUUGACUAGCUUGCUUUUACCUCAAGAUGUUUCAUGUUUGAAUAUGCAAGAAGAGUUAAUGUCUUCUUCAAGACCUUUGCUUAGUCAGCACAGUAAAGAUGCAAGUAAUUCUCUCAGUUUGAAAUCUGGUCAACCCAAUCCUUCAUUACAUGAUACAUCUGUGAUUACUGAUUUGCACUUGAGCUCCAUUGACUGGGAAGGGACUUCUUUUAGUAAUUACCCAGCUAUUCAAGGAAGUGCUACCUUUAAUGAUUUACAGUCAGAAUUUGAAUCAAAGCUAUUAGUCACCCCUGGUAAUUUUGAAAAUACCCCAGGACAGUUGUUAUGUGAAUCAGGAUGGUGCACCGCAAAUAUUAAUAAAUUGUCAGAGGGGCAUCUUCAGAAGAUUAGUCCUGAAAAGCAUCUACUUUCUGGCAUUAGUGAUUUAUAUCUUCAGGAUUUGCCUUUAAAAGAACGUAUAUAUAUGAAAUCAUCAUAUCCAGAGGAUAAUGCACAAUCAGAUGUUGACUUGAAAACUUUACCCCUACAAAAGAUAAAAGAAUCUUAUAUUGCUAAUAGUAGAUCUGAUUGUCCAUCACAUCUUUCAAAGGAUCUUCCUGGAAUUAAUUUACUAAAUGAAUCCAGAAAUUCUGAAGUUACAAAAAGAGACCAGCUGCCUCAAGAAAACUGUAAAGUGAAUACUUCUGUACUUUAUUCUGUCAAUAGUAGUAAAAUAGUAAAGACUUCCAGCGUUCAAGCUGGGCCACCAAAUAAUUCUUCAGGUCAUAGUAGAAAAGUUGAUAUGCACACCAUUCAAAAACGUGUCAAGAAGAAUAGUGUUUGCCUUCACAGACAUUCCUCUGAUGCAGAAAGUAGCCCAGUGUUUGAUAAAGUGAAGAACACAACUCAAAAAAUAAAACACAGUUCACAGGAGCAUAAUUUAGCCCAGUUUAAAGAAAGUGACCACAACAAACAGAGGAACCCUACAAUCCAUGCCAAAGAAACUACAUUGAGUGUUAAGUCUUACAGAACAACUGGAAAUGAAGAAAAGCAUUUCUCAGAUCCAGCGAAAUCUUCUAUGAGUUUUCUACAGUGUCAUAAAAAAGAUGAUGAUCUUGGUACUUGUUUGGAUAGUCCUCUUCCUUUAUGCCAGAGAUUAAAACUAAGGUUCCAAAGUACUUGAAAUAAAAUUUAAAAUACUUACAUAUAACUUGUCCUCUUACUGUCAGCCUUAGUAGAAGGAAGAUAACCUAGUUAAUGUUUGGUGGAAAUAUGGUUGUAUAUUACGUGCAAUGUUUUUGCCAUUUUAUCAAAGUUACAAUUUUAAAAAGUAACCAGAAACUUUGGUUUUAAAAGAUGACCCCCUGUAGUGAGUGUAUAUUUUUAAAACACAUUUUUAUCAUUUUUGAGGUAUCCUUACUGGUUAAAGCUUUUAAAUGUUAGUAUGUUACUUGACAGAGUAGAUGCUUUAUUUUUCCCGCAACUACUAAAAGCCUUAUUCUAAGAAUAUUCUAGCAUGUUCCCCAGAUGAUAUGCUCCAUACUUGUCUUAGACUGCCUCAUGACAAUCACGUUCUCUCAGCAUGAAAGAGUGCUUCCACUUUCAGUGACCUCAUUCGCUGUGGGGUAGAAAUGGAAAAGGAGAGCGGGUGGUCAGUUCACAGAUUUAUCAAGUAGAAAAAAGAUUCUGAAAAUUGAAUGUAUAAACAGAAGGGGAUUAGAAACUU